CACGUGUACUCACUGUACUGUUCACAGGAAAACAAGAAUGAAAGUCAAGAGGAAAACAAAAAUGUUUUUUGGAUAGUGAACGUAUAAUAACUAAAAAUGUCCGUUGGAAAUGUUGAUCAUGACUCUAAAUUUGUAAAAUACGACGAAAAUUCACGUUAUCAAGAAAGAAGUGAGUGGGAACGAAAACCAUAUCAGAUAACAUACGAUGUGUUUGUUGGCCGAAUUCCUGGCGAGUGGACUUCGGACAAGUUGAGAGAAAUUUUUGAACCAUAUGGAGAAAUCAAAUCAAUUGACUUAAGACCAGGAGUAGAAUCAUUCCAGGGAUACCAGUUUGCGUUUGUUCGAUUUCCUAAAGAAGAAAUGGCUAAAUCAGCAGUAGACUCGCUUUCAUGUAACCCAAUUGAAAAUGUGAAUUUACAGAUAAAUCUUGGUCAAAUGAGAAAUCGCAACAAGGAUUAUAAGGAACGGCAAGGCUUUUCAGACUUAAGUCACCAUAGCAAAAAGACAUUUUUUGAACAAAAGCGACCCAAAAAUGAGUAUAGACGUGGCCAAGGCCGACAAAAUUAUGCUCAAAAUGAACAAAUGGAUUAUGGUGGUAGCCACGGGCCUUUAACAUCACCAUCACAGAAAUAUGAGCGCUUCAGAAGUCAUGAAAUUAUUGAUCAGGAAAGGGAGGUUCUUGUUACUUAUGUUGAUCAACCAUUGCGAUUUUGGGCACAAAAUGCAAAACAAGCAGUUGCAAAAUCUUUAUCAGCAAUAAGUGAAGAAAUGCAGUCGUAUUGUCCAACUGGCUUAAAAUAUAAUGACAAUACAUAUCUAAAAACCAAGAUCUAUGGUGCUUUAUAUCCUGUUGACAACUUAUGGUACCGAUGUUCUAUUGUAAAAUUUUUGCAUUCAGAAAAGGUCAGUAUUCGCUAUAUCGAUUUUGGAAACCAAGAAAUUGUUACAAAGGAAAGUUUGGUUGAAUUGCCUCCUGGUCUAGCCGAUACAAAACCUUUGGCUCUACGUUAUUAUUUGGCUGAUUGUACAUUUUCAACUAAACCGACGUUAAAUGAUAUGACUUAUGCUUUGGGCAUUGAGCAGCUAAAAAAUCUUAUCAUGAGUAAAAUUGUUAAAGUCAAAUACCAAUCAGAAGGCCCUUAUGGUAGUUUUAAUGUCAUUGUCAAACUUAUCGACUCUCCAUUUCCAACUGUUAAUGAAACAAUGUUGGAUGGUGGAUGUAUUAAUAGAGUGCGUCAGGUUUCAUUUGAUUCCGCAACUCAACCUGUUUGGCAAAACAGCCCUGCAAAAAUGGAAAAGAGUGUCGCUGAAAAACCUCUGAAUGAAGAUAGCAAAAAAUAUUUUGAUACAAAAUCAUCUAAUGAGAAUAAGAAAUCUUUGGAAAAAGAAAUUGAAGAACUAAAAUUGACAAUUAAGUUCCAAUCAGAAAGCAUCUGCAACAUUAACAAACUAUACGAAAGUAUGAAACAACAAAAUGAGUAUAUAAUUUCUCAAUUUGAAAACUCAAUCAAGAUUGAACCCAUCAUUACGUCUAUCGCAGACUUAAGAAAGACAAGGCAUUUGAGACUAUGUCAUUAUGACAGAAUCGCAAAUAUUGAUUUAGCAAUUGCUUCAGUGACAGCUCCUAGCAAAAAAAUAACAUUGAAUCGUAUGAAAAGUUUUGAUCAGCUUACGUCAUCACUUCAAGCUCACAAACUUGCAAACGAAAUGAUUAAAGUUUGUGAAACUAAGGAAAAUCUCAAAGCAAUCGUUGAAAAACGCAACAGUGUAAAAAAUAGAUUGAUGGAAGACAUUAAUAGUUAUGUGGAAGAAUAUAAAUUACUAAAUAUUGAUGAACGCUUUCAUACACUCCAGGAAACUCAAAAAAAUAUUGAUAUCCUUGAUCAUCAAUACAAAGGUUGUGGUACACUUGACGAAGCUUUGCAAAACUACGAAAGUUGGAAGGGAAAAUUGAAUAAACAUCAUCAAGAAUCUGUAUAUAAGAAAACAGAUGAGAUGUCUCGAAAAUUGUCUCAGGAAUUUAUGAAACUUGGCAAGUUUUUCGAUCCCGCAAACGACAUGACGCUAGAAGAUUAUGGUGACGUUUGUAUCGGUUCAGUUGUUACAAAGCUCAGUGCAGCUGUUGCGUCCGAAGUGUGCUACAACGAGGAAGAGCAAAACGAAGAAGAAAUACACAUAUUGAGUUCAUUAAUUCACUGUCUUAAAGCUGAACUGCGAAAGGAAGUAGUUGUUAUCGAGGAUUUGCGAACCCUCAAUCAAGAAUGCUUAAAACUGCAAGAUGAUCUGAAAACAUUCGAUGAAGCUCCGCCCGAUAUUUCAAAAAUUAUAGAACUUCGGAAGAACCUGAAAACAGUCAAGUCUAAACUUCGACACAAGUUAGCCGACAAGAAGGAUUUGGAAGAGAGCGAUGAUACUGUUGAAAAUUUGAAAUUCCUAGAAGUCGAGAAAGACUUAAAGAAUCUACGAACGCAACUACAUAAACUUCUUGUUGAUGAAACAAUUUUUCUUGAUGAGCUUUCCCGAGUGGCCUUUGAUAGAUUUCCGGAAUUGGCAGUGGAAUACCUGAGUUAGGUUUACUGAAAUUUAUGUCAACGAAUGGUUUGGUGAAGCAAGGUUGGGAGCUGACAUAUUUUUCUCAGGAUAUUUUGGUUGAAAAAACGCCACCAGGAGAAAUCAAUUUUGUCACUGAAUUUAACGGAGAGAAAUGUGUUCUUAAAGAAUUUAAUCAUGAAGAUAUAAAGAACUUGGAUGUUUUCGAAGCCCGUGCCACAUCUUUCAGUCGAAUAAAGAAUGAGAAUUUGAUAAAAUGCAAAGCUAUAUUUUACGACAAG